CCCGAAUUUGACUUUGAAUUUUGCGUCCGAUUCAAGCAACUCCUCCUCGUUCGUUUCCCUUCCCCACUUGAUGCUUCUGUUCCUUCUUGGGACAACGUCUGUCGAGUCAAGUCAAUCAUCAUCUCGGGGAUUGCUCUCCGAUAUUGGUUUUCCACCGGACAAGCGCCAAGACUUCCCAUUUCUGAUCUGACGAAAAGAACCCAGAGCAGGGUAUCUCUGGCUUUCCUCUUUCUGGGUUGCCGUCUUUCCGCGAGCCGAGAGAGAAAGAUCAAAGAGGGGAAAAGAGGCAAAGAGGGUGAGAUAAAGAUUGUGGGGUGUGAUCGGGAACGUCUCUAGGACGACUUGGCUGCUGCUUUUUUGGGCGAAUCAGGAUCUUUUCUCAUCUGGGUCUCUUCAAAGUUCCCAGCUUUUCGCAGGCUCCUCUGUUCUUUUAUUUGAGGCGGGUGCCGACGUCAAUGACCAUGAGCUGAUAAUAGUAUGCAUCAUGAGUUGGCUCAAGAAGAUUUUCAAAGGUUCCAGCCAUAAAAUCACGGAAGGGCAUAUCCGGGGACGUUAUGUGGAGGGUCCCAAUUAUAACGCUCCUUCCACUUCAGGGGAUGCAUGGUUGGAGUACGAGAAUCAAGAUAUAGAUCGUGCCAUUGCAUUAUCCCUUUCAGAAGAGAGCCAAAAUCAACAUAAUGUGAUUGACAAUCAAUACCAAUUGGAAGAAGAUGAACAACUGGCUAGGGCCAUCCAAGAAAGCUUGAAUGUUGAGUCUCCUACGGUUAGAGGAAAUGGACAUUCUCCUUUCCCAUAUGGAAAUGGUCAUACACAUCAACCUGUACCAUUCUCCUAUUCCACAGGUUACAGAAUUUGUGCUGGGUGUAAUGUGGAAAUCGGUCAUGGACGGUUUCUAAACUGUAUGAAUGCUGUUUGGCAUCCGGAAUGUUUUCGAUGCCGUGCUUGUGGUCGACCGAUUUCUGAUUAUGAGUUUUCUGUAUCAGGAAAUUACCCUUUUCAUAGGUCUUGCUACAAGGAGCAUUACCACCCAAAAUGUGAUGUUUGCAAGCAUUUUAUUCCAACGAACCGUGCUGGUCUUAUUGAAUAUAGGGCACAUCCUUUCUGGGGUCAGAAGUACUGCCCUUCGCACGAACAUGAUGGGACUCCAAGGUGCUGCAGCUGUGAGCGAAUGGAGUCACAAGAGAUGCAAUACGUCUCACUUGAUGAUGGUCGGAAGCUCUGUCUAGAAUGUUUAGACUCGGUAAUUAUGGAUACGAAUCAAUGUCAACCCCUAUAUCACAGUAUACAGAAAUUCUAUGAGUAUAUGAACAUGAAAGUGGAGCAGCAAGUUCCUCUUCUCUUGGUGGAACGUCAGGCUCUAAAUGAAGCCAGAGAGGGAGAAAAAAAUGGCCAUUACCACAUGCCCGAGACAAGAGGACUUUGCCUCUCAGAGGAAAGAACCAUCAGUACGAUAUCACGGAGACCAAGGAUUGGGGGAGGCCGAGCUACGAACAUGAUAACAGAGCCCUACAAGCUAACACGAUCUUGUGAAGUGACUGCCAUUCUCAUCUUGUAUGGUCUUCCCAGGUUGUUGACUGGAUCAAUUCUAGCUCAUGAAAUGAUGCAUGCAUUCCUUCGACUUAAUGGUUUUCAAUCUCUCCACCAAGAUGUGGAAGAAGGCAUCUGCCAAGUGGUGGCCCACAUGUGGUUGGAGGCGGAGCUCAAUUCAGAAUCGAGCAGCCACAGGGCACCGUCCUCUUCUCGAGGACCGAAGGGAGGCCCCAAAUCUCAAUUCGAGCAUAGACUUGGUGAGUUCUUCAUGCACCAGAUCGAAUCGGACUCGUCCCCAGUUUACGGCGACGGGUUCAGGGCCGGCCAGAAGGCGGUGAAGAAGUACGGUCUCCGAAGUACCCUCGAUCACAUUCGGAUGACGGGGAAUUUUCCUUACUGAUGCGAGAUUCAUUUAUUUUUUUAAUCAGCAGAGUUGAGGAUGAUUGGCCAUUCAUAUUAUUUCCAGAAGGUCAAUGCGCAGGGUUUGGUAGUUGGUACAUAGUAACUUAGGAUGACAUUCAUUCCCUGUGAGAGUUCAUUAUACACAUUCUUUGUCCAUUACAAUAGAAACCACAGGAUCGGGUCAUACUCCUAUACAUUCAUUACUAGGAGAUUUUUCUCCCCCCCUCCAGAUAUACCCUGUUUGUACUUCUAUUUCUGCGAGGAAUCGAAUAUCGAGUGUUCGCGAAUGAUGUGAGACAAUGAUAGACAUAGGAUGUGUGCACCCACAGAACAUGACACUUUCCCUUUUUAAUGUGUACAAAUUCAUAAAGAUGAAAGCAUGUUGGUAAUUUCCUA